AUGGAUAUCCAGGAUAGAUUAUUUUUGGUGUUAGAGGCCCUAGCUCCUCACGGAUUUCCUGAUUCAUUAAUACGAUCAUUUGUUCAACAAUUUUCACGCUUAUUAGCUAAUCCAAACAGGUCACCAGCAGAAUUAGAACGACUGAUUUUUGAAUUUAGAAACAAAACCAGAUUGUUUCCUGCGUUUGAAAGACUAUGGUCUAAAUUAGAUGAUUUUGUACGUCCUAUUUUCACGAUGUCAGAUAAAAGUAGCAUUAUGACAUUCAUAAAUAACUUUUAUCUCAAACUCCAAGAGCAAGAGCAGCUACAAUCUUCCAUUGGAAAUACAUAUGAUUCUGGAUUAGAACUGAAUAAACUAAAUUUAAAUAACCAUGAUCAAUAUAUUCAGCCAUUGCAUUCAAACUAUCAUUUACCCAGUUUAUAUGCUGAAUCCUUUGAAACGGUGGAUAAGAUUUCUGAUAAAAGGUCUUUAUAUUCCUCACAUUAUGGCCAAGGACCUCUUAUAAAUACAAACUCGUCAUCUAUGAGCAAAAUAGUAGAACCAUUUUAUAUCAAUACAAUACCAGAAGACGAUAUUCUUAAAUCUGUGUUUUAUACAUUGUUAGGUGCCUCUUCAAGUAUGUUCCCAAUUGAAUCCAAUAAAAUACAAAUACCAAAUAACAUUCCAAAUAGUACAAGUGGCAUAUUACAUUUAAUCUUUGAAGCUGGAUUAUUAUAUAUAAAAUUAAUUUCGAAGGUAGAGCAGAAUAGACACAUACAUGUUUCUCCAAUGAAAAAAGCUCUAUUGACUAAACUAAACGACCAUUUGCACAGCUAUACUAAAUAUGUUAAUACGUUAAGUCAUAUGCCUGAGAUUAAAACUUUAAAAGGGCUCUACAACAAAUUGUUUACACCCAUUCUUCAAUUAAGAGUGUAUGAAAAGAUCCUAUCCAAUUUUGAAUCCGUUAGAGGUGAUGAGUAUUUGACGAAAUUCCAUUCCCUUAAUUCACAUGGUAAUAUGCUCAUUCGAACUAUUACUAAAGAACUUUAUAAUUCCUUAAUCAUAUUUUAUUAUGACUAUAUGCUAAAAUGGCUGACUCUAAGCAAAUUAGAAUCUACUUUUGAGGAAUUUUUCAUUGAAUAUAAUUCUAGUCAACUUUAUAUCCCUUAUAAAUUAAAUUAUAAAAAGAUCCCGGAUUUUAUUCCCGAAAAUAUAGCAAAGAAAAUUUUUAUUAUAGGUAAAACGUGUAUUUAUUUGACUAAAUACUGUAAUGAACUACAAUGGGCAAAUAACUUUUCACAGAAAUUUAUUCAAUGUUUCCAUAAAUUAAAUCCUAUUUCAGGCUUUUCAUUAUUUUUUGAGACUGUGCAAAAACAAUAUACCGAGAUUGUGAAUUAUACAUGGGAUGUCUUAUUGAAUAAACAGUAUUUCAGAGAGACCAUCCAUAUGUUACGAGAUGUUUUAUUAAUGGGUAAAGAUGACUUAAUUAGUUCAAUAAUUCACAAUGCUAAAGAUAUACUAAAUGAAAACUCAUCCUCACUAAAUUCAUAUAUUUACACUAGAAUACUGUCAGAUGCAAUACAACAAUCUUCAUUGAAAAAUUACUGUAAUCGUCAUGAUAACAAUGCAUUAAUAAAUAGGUUGGAUUCCAGAGUACUAGAUUUAGGACAACAGUUGAGUGGAUGGGACGUAUUUACUUUAGAAUACGAUAUUCCACCUGUUUUGUCCAUAAUAUUAAACGUAAAUAGACAAGACGGUAGAAAAGAAUAUCUUCGAAUAUUUAAUUUUUUGUGGAAAUUUAAAAGAAUUGAUUAUUUAUAUAACAAAGAGAUGAUUAGAACCAAAGAAAUAAUUCACUCUUUUAAAACUUUGAGGAUACACAAUAGUAUGGUAAGGGACAUUAUAAACAAAUUAUCAAAACUGUCUAUUCUUCGGUCACAAUUACACCAAUUCAAUAGUAAAGUAGAGUCAUUUUAUUUUCAACACAUUAUUGCAUCUAAAUUUAACCAACUAGAACAUGAUUUACAACUAGAUAACCUGUCUGCUGACAAUACAAAGAAUGAAUUAGUUACAUUACCAAAUGGGCUUGUAGUGUUUAACGACUUAUUAAAACCUUCUAUUAAUAUUUUGGAUUUCACAUGUAAUAAUAAUACUAAUAAUGAUAAUAAUAAUGAUAAUGCAAAUAUUACUGAUAAGCAAUAUCAUCCAAAUCUAAACAUUGAACAAAUAUACACUAUACAUAAUAAAUUUUUAAAUGAUAUUUUAUCACAUCCUUUACUGUCAUCAAGUAUAAAAGCUUCAUAUUCCGAUAAACCAUAUCCAACUACAUUAAUAGAAAUUUUCUCCACAAUGAGAGAUUUCAUUUCGAAUUUUACCAAAUUACAUGAUAUAGCACAUCAAUUAUUUAUUCAAAUAUCAUUAGAGUCGAAUUAUAAUGAAUUGUCAAACAGUCUCGAACAAUUCAACGAAACCUCAUUCUAUAUGGUUCAUAAUUAUAGACACUUUAAAUAUCAACAAAAUGUAUUCAUCAGGGAUUUAAGACACGAUAAAAAUGACUUAAUAGUUAAAUUAGGGAAGUUGUUGAAAUGA